UCUAAAACCCUUCUAAAGCCUCCUCCGCAGCUCGUGCUCUGUAUUGGUUUGGGUUUAGGGUUUAAACGAUCACUUGUCUCAAAACCCUAGAACGUGUUUGGUUGCUUAGAAAAAUUUUCAGGUAAAAUGGCACGACCUUCCAAGAAAAUUUCAAACAAGAAAUCUGAGCAGAAAUUCCAGAAGUCAUCUAAGAAAUCAUUCAAGCCCACAAGUAAAACAGACGAAACACAAGUAUUGGCUAUGCAACUCCAAGACGACGUCCCUAACUUCCCCAGAGCCACUGUCAGAGGUGGUGGAAGAAGUUCACUUGGGAAAGAGGUCGAUGAAGUUGAUGGCGAUGAUGUUGAUAUGGAGUUUGAAUCAGGAGAGAGGGAGUUGAAUAAUAAUAAUUAUAAGAAUAAGAAUAAAAGGCUACAAAAGCGAAAUCAUUCAGCAGAAGAGGAUGAUUUGGGUUCUCUUUUUGGUGAUGGCAUUUCUGGAAAACUACCUAGGUUUGCCAAUAAGAUCACCUUGAAGAAUAUUUCUCCGGGAAUGAAGCUUUGGGGAGUCAUUGCUGAAGUAAAUGAGAAAGAUAUCAUAAUUAGUCUUCCAGGGGGCUUGCGUGGAUUAGUUCGUGCAAGUGAAGCAUUCGAUCCUAUUUCAGAUAAUAAAGUGAAGGAUGUGGAGACUAAUUUUCUUUCUAGCAUUUAUUAUGUUGGGCAAUUGGUUUCUUGCAUUGUACUGCAACUGGGUGAUGAUAAGAAAAAGAGAAGGGGAAACGAAAGAUCUGGCUUUCUUUGCGUCUUGCUUUGUUGCAUAAGACCUUAACCUUGGAUGUUAUUCAAGAAGGAAUGGUUAUCACUGCAUAUGUGAAGAGCAUUGAAGACCACGCUAUAUACUUCAUUUUGGAUUGCCUUCAUUUACUGGGUUUAUGUCGAAAAAUAGUCAAGCUGAUCUGAGCUUGGUUUAGAUCCUGGUGAUGACCCAACUUCGCUGUGUCAUGUUGAACAAGUUGUCAAAUGCAGAGUUACAAGUUCUGUUCCUGCUUCACGGCGCAUCAACCUUAGUUUUGUUAUAACACCUGCAAGGGUUACUGAUGAUGAUGUGGCCAAGUUGGGCACUAUUGUUUCUGGAGUGGUUGAGCGAGUAACCCCUCAUGCAGCAAUAGUACG